UUGCAGCAACAGUGUGUGCUCUCACAUGUUCCCAGCAGACGGACUGGAGCCGCCGGGAGCAUGUCUGUGAACCUGGAGGGGAACGUUUUAGUGACCGGGGCCAAUAGGGGCAUCGGCCUGGAGCUGGUCAGGCAGCUGCUGGACAGGAGAACGGGAAAGGGGGUUCACGUGUACGCCUGCUGCCGGGAGCCCCGAGGAGUCCGCGCCGAGGCCCUGAUGCAGCUCACCACCCAACAUCCCGGAAAGAUCACCGUAAUCAAAAUGGCCACCGGGAAGAGGGACAUGAUGGAGGUGUACGAGACCAAUGUGGUCGGACCUUUUAUCCUUUCAAAGAUGUUUCUCCCACUCCUGCAGAGAGCAGCAGAACGGUUUCCCACCGACCCGCAGAACGAGAUGUCCUGCAGGAGGUCGGCCAUCAUCAACAUGUCCACUCUCAUUUCGUCCAUAGAGAAAUGUCCGGAAACCUUCCCGGUGGCUCAGAUGUACCCAUACCGCACCAGUAAG